UCAAUCGAUAGUGGCAGUGGACUAUCGAGCGACAACACUAAGUUUGCAAAGUUAUAAGUUUAUAACUAUUCUUUGACUUUUGUGAAGAGGAUAAAAUUAGUACCUAUCUCUUUUAAGUUUGUGAAUUUAUGUCCCCUCCGUACCUAUCUCUAUUUACUUUGGUCUUUUAUGUUAUUAUCUGUGGUUUGUUUUAUGUACGUUUUCUAUUCACAGAUAAAUAUUAUUGAUAUAGCGUAACAAGUCAUUACUAACUCUGUAAUUAGCUAGUUCAAUUUAAUUUACUAGUGUCAUGACUGGGAGGAUAGAUUAUUGUUAAUUUUAUUUUAACUUUCAUGAAUUUUACACAUUUUACCUGCAAUAAAAAUGUCGUUUAUGUUCAAUUUUUCUCGGGAAUCAGAGGCCGAUAAACCAGGAAGACUUUUUAUGUUUUAGCUUUAGAACCAAAAAGGGAUCACGUCGAAUGGUUCGAUAGUGAAGAAGUUGUACCUAAAACACAAAUGAAGGAUUUAAAUGAAAUUGCUAAACAUGCUAAAAUGUUUACAUGUGGAGAAGUUGAAAUAGGACACGUGGUUACCAGUGAAGCUCUUGCUAAUAUUCUUAGUGACACAGAUAUGAAUAAUGCCACUGGUUGUGCUGAAAAAAGUCACAGUGAUCUUGUAACAGCUAAAUAUGAAGGUGGUUUGAAGAUAUGGGAGUGUACAUAUGAUUUAGUUGAGUAUCUUAAAAACAAUUCUGACACAAUCAAAUUAGAAUCAGCCAAAGUUUUAGAUUUAGGCUGUGGAGCUGGUAUUCUAGGAAUUUAUGCAUUCAUAAAUGGAGCACAUGUUACUUUUCAAGACUAUAAUAAAGAAGUUUUGGAACAUGUUACAAUACCCAAUGUUCUACUGAAUAUUGAUGAAGAGGAUAAUGUGUCAGAAAACAUAAGAAAGUGUAAAUUUUACUCUGGAGACUGGGAAUCUUUUAACAAGAUAGAUGAAACUGAAUCUUAUGACGUCAUACUUACAUCAGAGACAAUUUACAAUAUUGCUAAUUAUGACAAACUUAUUAACCUUUUUAUAAAAAGACUAAGCAGAACUGGGGCGGUGUACUUGGCAGCAAAAACUUGCUACUUUGGAGUGGGAGGUGGAGUGAGACAAUUUGAAAGUAAACUUAAGAACAAUGGGACAUUUCAAAGUGAAAUCUGUUGGACAUGUUCAGGUGGUAUACAAAGAGAGAUCUUAAAAAUAACUCACAGGUUGUAACAAUAAACAUUUAUUUGCAUAAUUAUGUGAUU